CACGCUGUUAGUUAGUUCGUUCGCGGAAUUUCAACUUUCGACCUUUGAUCAUCUCGCAAAGGGGGGCAGCACUCGACAGAACCACCAAACCUUUACGCUCAUUUUAACACUUCUGUCACCUCGCGAUUUCACUUCGCCUCCAACAUCCACGUCGUCAACAUGACCCGCGCACAGCAGACCAUUUCCAUUGGCCUCUUGGUCUCCUCUCUCUACUUCGCUCUCUUCCUAGAGCUCAUCCCCCUCCCUCCUCUCGUCCAACAAGAAAUCGUCCCAGUACUCCCCUUCUGGGCCCUCAUUUCCUUCGGCGCGUUCCUCCUCUUCCGUCUCGGCUGGGGCGUCUUCACCUUCAACGAUGUCCCCGGGGCGCACAAGGAGCUCAUGGAGGAGAUUGAGCUGGCCAAGGUCGAUCUGAGGAAGCUGGGCGUUGACGUGGACUAAAUAUCGUCGUGGUAUACGUGGCGCAAAUUGGACGAGAGGGAUAAACAAAAUGUAAAAAUAAUCGUGUGCAAUAACACCCUGGGGAUCAAACCAACGUGUUUUUUUUUUUUUUCAUGUUCACGUUUUAGGCGUACUCUUGCCAUUGAUGAGGUGGAAUCACGUCAAGGGCCAUCUAUCUCGAGGAAGGUUGAAACAUCUUUU